CACGAGGGGAUUCGACAAGAAAACGAAAAAAAAACCACCUGUCUGCUGCAGGCCAAUUUGAUCUCAGCUCUGCCACUGGGUAGAAGGGCAGUUUCAUAUGCUCCUCCGGGGCCGUCGGUGGUUUACUUGUUCCUAUCACGGACGACGACAGCAUGACCAAUGCUCCUUUGCCCCCAGGGUCCGGUGGAGCUCCUCCAACAACCUCAUAUUCCGGCCCAAGCAUUUCAUCGAUGCCACGCCGUUCCUCCUACGCCUCCGUCGUGUCUGGUAUCGCCGCCUCGCCACAGAAUCACAGUCAUAGUCCCUUCUCGCACCUGGCCAGCAACGGCAUCGUCGCCAGCUCCACCCCGGCCAGCUUCUCCUCCUACCCCCCGCAAUACUACCAUCCCGACGGCACCAUCAGCUCCAGCAACACCGCCAGCCGCCUUGCCCGGCACGCCUCCGGCUUGGAUGCAGACAUGCAGAUGAAUAACGGCGGAGGGAGCAGCACUCCCUGGAGGAGGGCCGGUGGCUCGCUGCCCGCCUACUCCAGGCAGUUCGCCCAGCAUCCCGGAUACGAGAGCUUCUACAGCGGAGCGUCCAUCGACGACGACUUCUUCGUCCCCUCUUACCUCCGGAAUUCCCGCUAUAUCGCGCGUCUCGAAGCUGCCCAUCGCUCAAAGCUCGCCGCUCAACGAGAGUCCGUCUCGAAUCCGCCGCUCUCCGCCUCCUCCAGCCAUGUGAAUCUACACCGUAUCGCACCCUCCCACCGCGGAAUGACGUAUGAUAUUAUCGAGAAAGAGCCGUCACACGAGGUAGACAAUGUGAUGCCGCUACCGUCCCGAUGGAGUGAAUCGGACAAGUACGCUGGUCUCGAGCUGUUGAACGACGGCCUCGAGGUCCGGUACAUGGGACCCCCAAACAAGCACGACCAUGAGGCCGCCGCGGUGCGGGCGGACUACCCUAUGCCCCCGCAGUGCGGGAUAUACUAUUUUGAAAUCACUAUAUUAUCCAAGUCGAAGGAAGGGAUGAUUGGAAUCGGGUUCUCAAGCUCAAAGGCCUCCGUCGAGAGACUGCCGGGAUGGGAGCUGGAGUCGUGGGCCUAUCAUGGAGACGAUGGCAAGUCAUUCUUCGGCGAGAGCCAAGGCCAGGGUCGACCCUACGGACCGACAUUUACAGUCAACGAUAUAAUCGGCUGCGGUGUGAAUUUUUCGACAGGAUGCGCCUUCUUUACCAAAAAUGGCGUUUUUCUAGGCAAUGCUUUCCGGGAGUUGCGAAACGUAAAGCUAUACCCUUCAGUUGGGAUGAAGAAGCAGCCGAACGUGCAUAUCAGCGUCAACUUCGGACAGCGUCCGUUCAUGUUUGAUAUUGAUGGCAUGGUUAAGAAAGAGAAGCUGGCGAUCCAAGCGGAGAUCAACGCAACCAGUGCGGCGGGUCUCCAGCCUCCGUUGGACGAAAACUCCCUACUCCAGGAGCUGCUGGCGCAGUUUCUGGCUCAUGAUGGCUAUGUCGAGACGGCGCGGGCUUUCGCCGAGGAGGUUAGACAAGAGUCACAAGCACUGCAGAACGGACGAACAGAGCCGCUGAAGCAGUAUGCUCCGGAGGAAGACUUGGAUGCGGCUAAUCGGCAGAAAAUCCGGGCGGCCAUCUUGGAUGGUGAUAUCGACAAGGCUUUGAAGCAUACAAACGCGUACUAUGCCAAUGUCUUGCAGGACAACCCUCAUAUCCUGUUCAAACUCCGAUGUCGGAAGUUCAUCGAGAUGAUGCGACGAUGCAACGAGCUAUCCGUCUCACACUCGAAACGGUCACGAUCGGCCAACGGCGCGGCCGAGGAGAGUGUCUUUGAUCAAUACAUGGAUGUCGAUGACCAGGCAGUGGAUGACACUGAUGGAAUGGACACGGAGGAGUCAGACUCGACGGCCAAGUUCCAGGAGCUGCUGACGGAAGCGGUGCAGUACGGACAGCAGCUGCGGAUGGACUACCCGACGGAAGAGCGAGGCGGCGACAGUAAAUUGCUGGACGACAUCUUCUCGCUGGUCGCAUACUCAGAUCCGAAGUCGUCAGUGCACGGUCACUAUCUCGAUCCGGCGGGCCGGGUGGCCGUGGCGGAGGAGUUGAAUUCGGCAAUUCUUGUGUCGCUGGGCAAAUCGUCAUCGGCCGCGCUGGAGCGGCUAUACCAGCAGACGGAAGUGCUCGUCAACGAAAUCAGUGAAGAAGGCGGCGCUGGGGCGUUUAUCAAUGUACGGGAUGAUUUCUUGCAGUGAGGCGAGGUCGGUACGGGAUAUGGGAAACAGAUCAUUUUCUUUUACUUCAUUUCACUUUCUUCUCUUGGUCACAUAUACCGGCGCAUGUACCCGACGAUGAUGUCCGUCCAGGAGCCCAGAUCAUGUGCAUGGGAUUUUCUUUUCCUUCUUUCUGCUUGAGCGGCAUUCAUAAUUAGGUUUUUCUUUUCUCUUCACUGUGAGCUCUUCUCCGGUUUUGUCUGGUAUGGUCUGGUCUGGUCUAGUCUGGUUCGGUGUUUCGUCUUGCAUCCAAUCUACCCAUAGCCACCCAUAGCCUAUCCAUGAGUUAGCUCUCUAUUGUAUCUGUAGAGUAGCAUAGGUCUGAUCUUCCUUAGUGAGGAUGAGAUGAGAAUGAGAAUGAAUAAGAUGCAUGGCGUGAAGUAAUAUCUUUGCUA